CGUUAAUGUUAGUAUUUUAAUUUCUCAAUGUGAUUCAAUUGACACUGCUUUGCUUCCACGCGAUGGAAACAACGCAGCUUUGAUAGGAAAAAAAAUUUAUUAUAUUGGUGGCAGAACAGAAUCUCCUCAAAAAGUCAAUACAUUUCUAUUGGAUUUAUCAUUAGACUUUACAGCAAAUAAGCCGAAUUUUAUUCAAGUUUUAGGACUCGAUAACAUGCCAUCACCUGCCUGGACUGCCGCUUGUCUAGGAAAAGAUAACACUAGUUAUAUAUUUGGUGGAACUGAUGCAUCACAAUUGGUAUUACCAAAAGUAAACACAUUGUUCAAGAUCAAGCCAUCAAUAUCCGAUGACGUUUCUCUUAAUUGGAUAGCAUCUUCACCAAACCAAGCAGAAACAUGGCCAAGUGCACGAGAUGGAAUAGUUCCAAUUAUCGAUAAUCAUUCGAGAAUUUUUGUAUGGGGUGGGCGUAAUGAAGGUCAAGAUAAUAAAACGAUGUAUAUAUAUGAAGAAAAUAAAUGGACAAGCUAUAAUCUUAAUAAUGCACCGAAUCCAAGAGCAUCUUAUUCGGCUACGUUAUUAAAUGAUGGACGAAUUAUUUAUAUUGGCGGCGCUAGUAGCAGUCCGUAUCCAGAUGUUAAUUUUUCAGAGCUAUCUACAAGCAACAAAUCGAUAAGAAAUCGAAGGGGACAUUCAGCAUUACUUCACAUGGAUACCAUCUCUAUUAUUAUGUAUGGAGGGGUUUACGACCAUGACGAAGAAAUACCCGUUUCUGACUCGGUGUGGACAUUGAAUACAAAAAAUUGGGAGUGGUCACAGCAAUCAGUUUCUAGUUUACCUUACAUUACUGUGACAAGAGGUCAUACUGCAGUUUUGUAUAAUGGAUAUAUGAUUAUAGCUUUUGGAGUGAACGGAAAUUAUCAUUAUACAUCUGAAGUAAAAGUUAUGGAUGUGGCGAAUCUAAGCUCGUUGGCCUGGGUUCCUACUUACAAAGUAAGAACAUUACCAACCACAACUACUGAUGGUUCAAUAAAGCCUCCUGGUCCCACUGGUCCCACAACUGGUUUAACAACUAGUUCAACAACUACGAUCACAGGUACACCUGCUGCAAACACGGAAAACAAAAAUAAUAUUGGUUUAAUCCUUGGAGGUACAAUCAGUGUUAUAAUCGGCGGUGGCCUUGCUACCAUUGCCUUUAUAUUUUUUCUUCGACGACGUAAAUCUGGUUCACCUACUACUACCCUUGCUACCAUUCUUCCAAAUGGAAGAGGACAUUCGGAAUAUUCACAUUCGACCAAUGAACCAGUUUCAACUCUUAGUGCAUCAGGAUUUACAACACCUGUUAGUCAAUAUAACUUUCCCGUUCAACAAACAGUUCCGCAACCUAAUCCAUCAUAUCAGCAAUAUAACCCGCAUUUAUCAUAUCUGUAUGACCCGAAUCCACUAUCGCAUCAACAAUAUUACGAUGACCCGAAUUCACCAUUGUAUCAACAAUAUAAUCAGAAUUCGUCAUCGUAUCAACAAUAUAACCCGAAUUUACCAGCAGCAAACCAAUAUCCUUCGAAUUUAGCAGAAAUUUAA